CGUCGACCGGCUCGAGGACUUCGGGGUUCGCCGCCGUCGGGGGGACCUGGUCGUUCGGAGCCGGGCGGGCGGCCGAUGCGAAUUCAAGCACGACAGCUGAAUGGAACUGUUGAUGAGAUCGAUGUGCUGCCAGAUGCCACCGCCCGCGAGUUGAAACAGCUGCUCAAGGACUCGGCCUACAGCUGCAGUGACUCGAGUGACGAGAUCACACGUGCGUUGACCAUCGUGGAGGUGGUCUUCGAGAUGCACCAGUUGGACGAUGAAGAAACGCUGCUUGAGGCAGGCAUCACUGCUGGCACCGAGGUGCCCGAUGAGACCUUGGUGGAGCGCGGCUGCGGCCGCCGCCUCGAUCCUGAGACAGGGGAGAUCUACCACCUGAAGUUUAGGCCGCCACCCGAGGAGGUGGUCGAGCGCUUGGUGCACCGCAGUGACGACCAGGAGGAGAGCAUCCGCGUGCGUCUGCAGACCUACCACGAUCAGAUCGAUGGCAUCACGCCUUACUUCAAGGAGGUGCUCUACGAGGUGGAUGGCACUGGAAAGCCGAACGAAGUCUUCGAUCUCAUUCAGGAGGACUUGGACAAGCUUUAGGCGCGGGAUGGGACGCCGUGAGAGUCGGCGGACGACUCGCGGGUCCCUCCCCAUGCACCAGCUGCAUUGAGCCUCUUCUGUCAGCUGGGUUGUUGUUUGCUGGGGAUGGAAGAAAGAGACAGCAACACUAUAGGAAAACGGUGUGGCAGAAGUCUCUAGAUUUGGAUCAUUUCAUCCUAUUUCAUCCACCAAUGCGUCCCCCCCUUGGACUUCUGUCGAUUGGAGUGACACAAUACGCGCUCAUGUCAACGUGGGGGGGUGCAUGAUUUGUUUUAGGCUUCUUGACCCUGUCACGCCGCGGCCAAGAACUGUGCACAAGGAAAAGCACACAAAACUGUAUAGUUGCUCAAGAUAUCAGAAGCUUAGUCCAGCAGUCACAUGUUGGGGUGAACGAACGUAGGAAGUCGGAACGAAGCUCGCCAAAGGCAGGGAGCCAACUGCAUGUGACUCUUGGAAGCCGAAUGGCGACUCUUGGACUCAGGGUUUGCGGUUGGUUUUGCUGCACGUCCGUGUUGGGAUUCGUCCAAGAAUCCGGUGAUGAAGAUGUGAAGAGCCCCAAGAGCAGCGACCACGGUCGGCACGCAACGUGGGUGGUAUGCGGAAAGAUGUGACCUGGACGCUGGCUUUGACUCAGUAUGUUGACGUGAAGAAAUCGGAGCUGCUGCACUGCUAGUAGAUGCAGCAGCGCUGAAUUCUGUAUGUGUUUGAGACAUCUUUGUGUUGAUAGAGCACAACUGCCCCGCUGAAGGAUGUCAGGAUGUCACCAGUUUGGCUCCGAAGAUUAGCUAAGUUUAUUCGAC